AUGCGUUACGUCGCAGCCUUCAUCGCAUCGAGAGAGGUCCACUAUGAUUUUGGUCUACGGAACAUUCUGUCAGUUUUGCGAACUCUGGGAGCUCAGAAGAGGGCAAACCCAAAUGAAACUGAAGACGUCGUGGUCAUGAGAGUGCUGAGAGACAUGAAUUUGAGCAAACUAAUCGACGAAGAUGAACCCCUCUUUCUCUCUCUCAUCGAAGACAUGUUUCCUGGCAUAAAAUUAACGACGAAAACCUGGAAAGAUUUGCAGAAAGCUAUAAUUAAUCAAUGUGCGGAAAUGGGUCUGGUGAAUUACCCCUCUUGGAAUUUGAAAGUCAUCCAAUUGUAUGAAACUUCCUUGGUGCGCCAUGGUCUAAUGGUGCUAGGACCUACUGGAGCCGGGAAAACGAAGUGUAUGAGCUGCUUGAUGAGGUCGAUGACAGAAACUGGUUUACCCCACAAAGAACUGAGAAUGAAUCCCAAGGCCAUCACAGCACCUCAAAUGUUCGGUAGACUGGAUGUAGCUACAAAUGAUUGGACCGACGGGAUAUUCUCUACAUUGUGGAGAAGGACGCUGAAGUUCAAAAAAACUGAUUUUUGUUGGCUGGUUCUUGAUGGUCCAGUGGAUGCCGUCUGGAUAGAAAACCUCAAUUCAGUUUUGGACGAUAAUAAAACUUUGACGUUAGCUAAUGGUGACCGCAUAGUAAUGGCAGCCAAUUGCAAGCUAGUAUUCGAACCGGAUAACGUCGAUAACGCCAGCCCUGCGACGGUUUCCCGGAUGGGAAUGGUCUUCAUGAGUUCUUCCGUCCUUCCUUGGUCGCCGAUUCUGGAAGCUUGGUUGAAAACCAGAUCCCAACAAGAAGCGGACACACUCAGAUCAUUGUUCAAUAGAGUGUACGGAGAUCUACAUACUUUCGUUCAAACUAGGCUCAAAGCGAAAAUGUUUGUGAGAGAAGCUCUCUAUAUAAGACAGUGCUAUGACGUUCUGCAGGGCAUUUUGGAUAUAUCUGAUGAACCAAAAGUUUGGACGGACAAACAACUCGAACGUCUGUUUUUGUUUUCUACAAUGUGGUCUCUGGGAGCUAUUUUGGAAUUAGACGACAGGGCCAAACUAGAAGAGUUCGCCCUGGCCCAUCCGUCCAAACUAGACUGGCCGAAAUGUAAUGAAAAUGAAACAAUUUUCGAGUAUGUCGUCAACCCCGAAAACGGCAGGUGGGAACAUUGGUCGCGUAGAGUCGAGGAAUUUGUCUAUCCCACCGACAGUAUAUUAGAAUUCACAAGUAUAUUGGUACCAAAUGUGGACAAUGUGAGAACGGCAUUUUUGAUACAUACUGUUGCGAAACAAAAUAAAGCUGUACUGCUCAUAGGCGAGCAGGGUACGGCAAAAACCGUAAUGAUAAAAGGAUAUACAUCAACAUUCGACCCGGAAUAUAAGUUGAACAAGUGUUUCAAUUUUUCAUCUGCAACAACUCCGAAUAUGGUGCAACGAAUUAUCGAAUCUUAUGUAGAUAAAAGAGUUGGCACAACUUAUGGCCCGCCAGCAGGUAAAACUUUAACAAUAUUCAUCGACGACAUCAAUAUGCCUGUCAUCAAUGACUGGGGAGACCAAAUCACGAAUGAAAUCGUAAGACAGUGCAUGGAGUCUGGAGGUUUCUACAGUUUGGACAAACCUGGCGAUUUUUCGUACAUAGUCGACGUAAUGUUUUUGGCAGCUAUGAUUCACCCUGGUGGAGGCAGAAACGAUAUUCCACAUAGACUGAAACGACAAUUCUGCGUAUUCAAUUGUACAUUGCCCAGCAUCGUGUCUAUGGACCUCAUUUUCAAACAAAUCGGUUGCGGUUACUUCUGCAUUGAGAGAUUCACUCAAGAAAUCGUCGAUUUCUUGCCAGUUUUCGUCCCUCUCACCCGUCACCUUUGGCAAAAUGUUAAGAAGAAGAUGCUACCUACACCGGCAAAGUUCCAUUACGUUUUCAAUUUACGAGAUUUGUCGAGAAUUUGGCAGGGGAUAUUAACAGUUCAGAACCUAGAAUGUCAAACGAAAUCGAAACUCAUAAAACUUUGGAAGCACGAAUGCACUCGAGUUAUUGCGGAUAGAUGUACUGAAGAAAGUGAUCGUACUUGGUUCGUGAAGGCAAUGCGAACCCAAGCUGAAGAAGAGCUCGGAGAAGACUUCCAGUACUACGAGGACGAAGACUCAUAUUGGGUUGAUUUUCUUCGAGAACCACCUGAAGCCACAGGUGACGAGCCCGACGAUUUCAGUUUCGAAGCUCCCAAAGUAUACGAAGAAAUUCCUAGUUGGGAAUUUCUCAAGGAAAAAUUAUUCAGUUUCAUGGACCAAUACAACGAAGCAGUGAGAGGUGCAACAAUGGACAUGGUUUUCUUCCGAGAUGCAAUGAUUCAUCUCAUGAUUAUAUCGAGAAUAAUAAGAACGGCGAGAGGAAAUGCCCUUCUCGUUGGAGUAGGUGGAUCAGGGAAGCAAAGUUUGACAAGGCUCGCUUCAUUCAUUGCAAACUAUAAAAGUUUUCAGAUACAACUAACCAGGACUUACAACGUCGGCAAUUUGAUGGAUGACAUGAAGUUUCUUUAUCGUCAAGCAGGUUUGGUGGGCUCCGGUAUUACAUUCAUCUUCACUGAUAACGAAAUAAAAGAAGAAACUUUUCUGGAAAGCUUGAAUAACAUUUUAAGUUCUGGUGAAAUCGCCAAUCUCUUCGCGAAAGAUGAAUUGGACGAAAUACAAUCUGAGCUGAUACCGGUGAUGAAAAAAGUUUUCCCUAGAAGACCUCCGACUGUAGACAAUCUCUAUGAUUUCUUCCUUUCUAGAGCUAGGUCGAAUUUGCAUGUUACCCUAUGUUUCUCGCCUGUGGGAGAAAAAUUCCGAAGCAGGGCUUUGAAAUUUCCCGGUCUCAUAUCGGGUUGCACGACAGAUUGGUUUUCAAAAUGGCCCGAAGACGCUCUAAUAGAAGUUUCGUCCCAUUUCCUAAUGAACUAUACAGUAGUCGCCACGCCAGACAUCAAGCAAGAGCUUGUUCUCAUUAUGGCGGAAAUCCAGGACGGCGUAUCGGAAUUCUGCAAUCAAUAUUUCAACAAGUUCCGCAGAAGGACAUACGUGACUCCCAAAACUUUCAUAUCUUUCUUAGCGGCGUACAAAACUUUGUACAAGAAAAAGCUAGAUGAAAUUGGAGUGAUGGCACAGCGUAUGAAGACAGGUUUAAAAAAGUUGGUUGAAGCUCAAGUUAGUGUGGAUGAACUACGAAAAGAACUGUCUGUCAAAGAAGUUGAAAUGAAUGUGGCUACUGAGAAAGCAGAAGUUGUUCUAAACGAGGUACUCGCUGCUUCUGAAGUUGCCAACAAAAUAAAAGAAGAAGCACUGGUUGUCAAAGAACGAGCUGAGAAUCUUGUAGGGAUAAUUAGUGUAGACCAGAAAGAAGCUGAAGGUAAACUUAUGGCUGCAAAACCUGCACUGGAUGCUGCAGAACAAGCUUUGCUCACCAUCAAAGCAGCAGAUAUCGCAACGGUAAGGAAACUGGGAAAACCGCCCUAUUUGAUCACCCUCAUUAUGGACGCGGUGCUGAUUUACUUCAAAAGGAAAGUAGAACCUGUGAAACCAGACCCGGAUAAGAAUUUCUUGGUACCGUGUUGGUCUGAGUCUCUUAAAGUAAUGGCUGAUUCAGCAUUCUUGAGGAAACUGCAAGAAUAUCCCAAGGACACGAUAAAUGCCGAAACUGUUGAUCUGCUUGUUCCUUAUUUCAACUAUCCUCAGUACACUUAUGAAGCAGCGAAAACCGCAUGUGGAAAUGUUGCUGGUCUUAUAUCUUGGACGAUAGCGAUGGCGGCAUUUUUCGACGUCAACAGGGAGGUUUUGCCAUUGAAGGCAAAUUUGGCGAUUCAACAAGCAAAACUGAGCAAAGCUGAAGAGGAGUUGGGAGCUGCAAUGGAACUUUUGAGAGCUAAGGAAGAAGAAGUUAAAGAAUGUCAAGACCAAUACGAACAGGCAAUGCAGGGCAAACAGAAAAUUUUCGAAGAAGCUAUGGUAGUGAAAAACAAAAUGGACGCAGCCACAGCUUUGAUUAAUGGUUUGUCAGGCGAACGAAUUCGAUGGACUGACCAACUUGCUCAGUUCAAAGCGGAAACUGAGCGACUCAUUGGGGAUGUGGUUCUACUAACUGGGUUUUUAGGAUAUACCGGGCCUUUCAACCAAGAAUUCAGAAGUACAAUGCAACAGACGUGGUUGGACAGUUUGAUUAAGAAGAAGAUUCCAGUCACAUUGAGUCUGAAUAUUAUCGAUAGUUUAUCCGAUUCUGCAACUAUUGGAGAAUGGAACUUGCAGGGAUUGCCAACCGAUGACUUGUCCAUCGAGAAUGGUAUCAUAGUCACUACAGCUUCCAGAUAUCCUCUACUGAUAGAUCCUCAAAGUCAAGGAAAAUUCUGGAUCAAAGAGAAAGAAAAAGACAAUCAAUUAAUUGUUACUUCUUUGAAUCAUAAGUAUUUCAGGAAUCACAUCGAAGAUUCAGUCUCAUUGGGUUACCCGAUGAUCAUUGAAGAUAUAGGGGAAGAGUUAGACCCGGUUUUAGACAACGUUAUGGAGAAAAAUCUCAUCAAACUCGGUACUACGUACAAAGUGAAAGUCGGGGACAAAGAGGUCGAUUUCAACAACAACUUCAGGAUGUACAUUACCACCCGACUUGCUAAUCCUAACUACACUCCUGAAAUAUUCGCCAGAGCAUCGAUUAUUGACUUCACUGUUACUAUGAAAGGUUUAGAAGACCAACUCUUGGGCAGGGUUAUAUUGACUGAGAAAAAAGAACUCGAAACGGAAAGGACUAACUUGAUCAAAGAUGUGACUGCUAAUAAAAGGAAGAUGUUGGAAUUGGAGGCAAAUCUUCUGUAUAAACUCACUACAACUCAAGGUUCGUUAUUGGACGAUGAAACUGUUAUUGGCGUUCUGAACGUUACCAAGUCUACCGCGAACGAAGUGAAAGAAAAGUUGACGAUAGCAAAGGACACAGAGAUCAAAAUCAACCUGGCCAGGGAAGAGUUCAGACCUGUAGCCGCGAGAGGAAGCGUUCUAUACUUUUUAGUUGUCAGCAUGGCCAUGGUGAACGUCAUGUAUCAAACUUCAUUAGUUCAAUUUCUGGAAAGAUUCGACAUAUCCAUGUACCGAUCGGAAAAGACUCCGAUAAUAUCCAAACGAAUUAGUAACAUCAUCGAAUACCUCACGUACGAGAUAUACAAAUACAAAUCGAGAGGUUUGUACGAGGAACACAAAUACAUGUUGGUGUUGCUGAUGUGCCUCAGGAUAGACUUGGAAAGGGAGAAUAUCACGCACGAAGAAUUUCAGAACUUUAUCAAAGGCGGCGCUGCUUUGGAUCUUAAUGCUUGUCCACCCAAACCAGCCAAAUGGAUCACUGACAUGACUUGGUUGAAUAUAGUCGAGUUAUCCAAAUUGAGGCACUUCCAGUACAUCAUUCAACAGGUUUCUUCUAAUGACAAACAAUGGAAGAGCUGGUUUGAUAAAGAUGCUCCAGAAGAAGCCGUAAUACCAGAUGGAUAUAGUUCUUUAGAUACUUUCAGGAAGCUUUUGCUGAUAAGAUCUUGGUGCCCUGAUAGAACGAUUACACAGAGUAGGAAAUAUAUCGCCAGCUCAUUGGGUCAAAAAUUUGCCGAGCCGGUCAUUCUGAACAUGGAGGUACUUUUCAACGAAUCUCGCCCUUUGACGCCAAUGAUAUGUUUCUUGAGUAUCGGAUCAGACCCUACGCCUUACAUUGAACAGCUAGCAAAGCGAUUGGAACUCAAGAGCAAGUCUAUUUCUAUGGGCCAAGGACAGGAGGUACACGCCAGAAAACUGAUGACUGGUGCAAUGACUGAAGGAUAUUGGGCUCUACUCCAGAACUGCCACUUAUCUCUAGAUUACAUGAACGAAGUUCUAGGACAAUUCCUCGAAUUGGAAAAGGGCAUCGGCAGUGUGCAUCCAGACUUCAGGCUGUGGAUCACCACCGAAGUAACACACCAAUUCCCAAUAAGUUUACUGCAGAUCUGCAUCAAAUUCACCAAUGAAGCUCCAUCUGGCAUCCGAGCAGGAUUACUGAGAACGUACAGUUCCAUGAAUCAGGACUUGUUAGAUUAUUCCGAUGCGUGGCAGUACAUUCCGUUGGUGUAUGCCAUUUCCUUCUUGCACACGGUAGUGCAAGAAAGGAGGAAAUUUGGGCCGCUCGGCUGGAAUAUCCCGUACGAAUUCAACUCUGCAGAUUGGCUGUCCAGUGUUUUGUUCCUUCAGAACCAUUUGGAUGACAUCGACCCUAAACGGGGUAUCAGUUGGCAGACUCUCAGGUACAUGCUAGGAGAAGUCCAUUAUGGCGGAAGAGUCACAGAUGACUUCGAUAAAGUUCUGCUGAACACCUUUUGUAGAGUCUGGUUCAGUGACAACGUUUUUCACGAUGAUUUCAUUUUCUACAAAGGUUAUAAAAUCUUCAAGUUCAAGAAUACUUCGGAAUAUGUUACUCAAAUAGACGGUUUUGCAACAACUGAUCCUCCUCAAGCCUACGGUCUCCAUUCUAAUGCGGAUAUAACAUACCAGACGAACACCACUGUGGCCAUGUUCGACCAAAUGUUGGCCAUCCAGCCUAAGGAAUCUGGGGGUGGCGGUGGCGAAUCUAGGGAAAGCGUUGUCGGUUCACAAGCUAAAGACAUGUUGUCCAAAUUGCCAAAUAAUUAUGAUCCGUUCGAAGUGAAAGAAAGGUUACGAGCCAUGAAUCUAUUGAAUCCUCUAAAUAUUUUCUUGAGGCAAGAAAUAGACAGAAUGCAGAAAGUAAUAACCUUGGUAAGGGCUACACUCAGGGAUCUACUUUUGGCUAUCGAAGGAACAAUCAUCAUGAGUGAGGCAUUAGGUGAUGCUUUAGACAACAUUUACGAUGCUAAAGUGCCCGGUAUGUGGCUUCGUGGAUCAUGGGCAGCAAGCUCGCUUGGAUUCUGGUUUACUGAGCUGGUGGAACGAGAUACCCAAUUUAGAACAUGGUGCUUUUCUGGUCGACCUGCGAGUUUCUGGAUGGCAGGCUUCUUCAAUCCUCAAGGAUUCUUGACCGCCAUGAAACAAGAAGUAGCGAGAGCACACAAAGGCUGGGCCCUGGAUCAAGUGACGUUAUUCAACGAAGUUACGAAAAAUUCUAGAGAGGAAGUAACAAAUGCGCCACCGGAAGGAGUUUUAGUGUAUGGACUUUUCUUAGACGGUGCUGGGUGGGACAGACGUCUAGCCCGUUUGGCAGAAUCGAUCAAUAAAGUACUUUACACACUGAUGCCUGUUAUCCACAUAUUUGCUGUUUAUUCGACGGAUCCUAAGCCAUCAAAUCUAUACGUGUGUCCUGUUUACAAGAAAUCACGAAGAACUGGUCUCAACUUCAUCGUGCGUUUAUAUCUGAAUACAGCCAAACCACCGGAACAUUGGACUCUCAGAGGAGCAGCAUUACUUUGCGAUAUUCAAUAAAUGUCAAAUCUUAUACUAAUUUUAAAUAAAUAAUUUAAAUUUU